UUGAGUACGCUCUUCCUGCCGAGUCACCUACCCUCAACCUCACCUCGCCGGUACCGGACCCGGUCUCGUCCCCGCCGCCGCUCUCCCGCCCCAGUGGUCGCCGAGGACCGCCGGAGGAAGAUGCCGAACAUCAAGAUUUUCAGCGGCAGCUCCCACCAGGACCUGUCCCAGAAGAUCACCGAUCGCCUGGGCCUGGAGCUGGGCAAGGUGGUCACCAAGAAAUUCAGUAACCAGGAGACUUGUGUAAACUGCCUUACCCCAUGUGCCUGCAGAGUGACUUCAAUUGCAGACCGACUGAAUGUUGACUUUGCCCUGAUUCACAAAGAGCGUAAGAAGGCCAAUGAAGUAGACCGAAUGGUGCUCGUUGGAGACGUCAAGGACCGAGUGGCCAUUCUAGUGGAUGAUAUGGCUGAUACUUGUGGUACUAUCUGCCACGCAGCAGAUAAACUCCUGUCAGCUGGAGCCACCAAAGUCUAUGCCAUCCUUACUCAUGGAAUAUUUUCUGGACCGGCCAUUUCUCGAAUUAACCAUGCCUGCUUUGAGGCAGUUGUUGUCACAAACACAAUACCUCAGGAAGACAAGAUGAAGCAUUGCCCCAAAAUACAGGUGAUUGACAUCUCUAUGAUCCUGGCCGAGGCCAUCCGGAGAACUCACAAUGGCGAGUCGGUCUCCUACCUGUUCAGCCAUGUUCCUUUAUAAUUGAGGCUGCUUUUUCCUUUGGGAGGCAUUUCUUUGCUAUGCCACCAUUAUUUGUUAUAUUCCCGAAGUUCAGUAGAUAUCUCUGCUAGUUUGUCCUGCUCUCCAGAGGCUUUUUUUUUUUGCUCACAUCCAGUUUCCAGGGGCUCCGUUUUCUUUAAUUACUCUCUAAAUGAGCCUUUCAGCUUUACUCUAACUCUAGAAGUCUGGCUUGGAGGGCAAGGGCAAGGGUGAGGGGUGGGGAGGGAAGGGACAGAUGUGCCACUCUGCAUGCACAUUUCAGCCAUUCUGGUUGCUUAGAUUGUGUGUUAAAAAAUAAAAGUCUGCAAAGUU